AUGGGACUGAGGCAUUCGUCGCGUUGUUUGCUGCUACGGCGGAAGAUGGCGGAGGCGGACAGCUCGGAGCGGCAACAGCCUGUCACGUCCCCCCUCUCUCAGUCAGCCCAGCCCUCCCCACUGCCUAAACCAGUGCCUACGACCCACCAUGUGCCCUGCAUCCCCCAUACGCCUCAUGUAGCGGCCCUGGCCACCUGUCCUGGUCGAGGCAAGAUUGCCAAAUUCAUCAGCCCAGAGGAAAUGACAUCACGGGACUACUACUUUGACUCUUAUGCCCACUUUGGCAUCCAUGAGGAGAUGCUGAAAGACGAGGUGCGGACGCUGACCUACCGGAACGCCAUGUACCACAACAAGCAUGUGUUCAAAGAUAAAAUCGUCCUGGAUGUUGGUAGUGGCACGGGGAUCCUCUCUAUGUUUGCUGCCAACGCCGGUGCCAAACAUGUGUAUGGGAUUGAAUGCUCAAGUAUAUCCGAAUACUCAGAGAAGAUUAUCAAGUCAAAUCACCUACACAAUGUCAUUACCAUCUUCAAGGGCAAGGUGGAGGAGGUGGAGCUGCCUGUGGAGAAGGUGGACAUUAUCAUCUCAGAGUGGAUGGGCUAUUGCCUCUUCUACGAGUCCAUGCUGAACACCGUUAUCUUCGCCAGGGACAAGUGGCUGAAACCUGGAGGCCUGAUGUUCCCGGACAGAGCCGCUCUCUAUGUGGUAGCCAUUGAAGACCGGCAGUACAAGGACUUCAAGAUUCAUUGGUGGGAAAACGUGUACGGGUUCGACAUGAGCUGCAUUCGCAACGUGGCCAUCAAAGAGCCUCUGGUGGAUGUGGUAGAUCCCAAGCAGGUGGUGACUAACGCCUGCCUCCUAAAGGAAGUGGACAUCUAUACCGUGAAGCCAGAGGACCUGUCCUUCACGUCGGCCUUCUGUCUGCAGAUCCAGCGCAACGACUACGUCCACGCCUUGGUCACCUAUUUCAACAUCGAGUUCACAAAGUGUCACAAGAAGACUGGCUUCUCCACUGCUCCAGAUGCUGCCAGCACACACUGGAAGCAGACAGUGUUUUACUUAGAAGACUACUUAACUGUCAAGAAAGGAGAGGAGAUCUUUGGCAGCAUUGCUGUCAGGCCCAAUGAGAAGAAUGUGCGUGACCUGGAGUUCACCCUGGAGCUAGACUUUAAAGGACAGCUGUGUGAGGCCGCCAUUUCCCACGACUAUAAAAUGCGUUAGGAACAAGAACCGACCAACCAACUACCCUCA